CUGUCGCCGACUUCGGGUUGUCGUAUCGGAUUUCCCUGUCGCGCUGGCUGUCGCCGACUUCGGGUUGUCGUAUCGGUAUUUCCCUGUCGCGCUGGCUGUCGCCGACUUCGGGUUGUCGUAUCGGUAUUUCCCUGUCGCGCUGGCUGUCGCCGACUUCGGGUUGUCGUAUCGGUAUUUCCCUGUCGCGCUGGCUGUCGCCGACUUCGGGUUGUCGUAUCGGUAUUUCCCUGUCGCGCUGGCUGUCGCCGACUUCGGGUUGUCGUAUCGGUAUUUCCCUGUCGCGCUGGCUGUCGCCGACUUCGGGUUGUCGUAUCGGUAUUUCCCUGUCGCGCUGGCUGUCGCCGACUUCGGGCAUUGUUUGUAUUCCCGAUAUCCUCAGCUGAGAUCGCCACCUGGUACUGAUAUACCUUUUCUUUCCAGCACCUCAUAG